AUGCUUGUACCACUGUUGACUGAUACACCGCUUCGCCGUUGGAAGCAGGAGUUUGUUCGUAAAGUUGCAAGCAAAAGUGCCCAGGGUGGUCAGGAAGUAAUUAUAUAUCGAAUGGGCGACUUCGUUGAUUUGCCGGAGGGGCCUUUGAUACCAAACACGAAUCAAAUUGGGAAGUUUUCUUUAACUAAGGUUGAACACGACGGCGUCGAAUAUCGUUUUUCUGGUGUGUCGGUUCCGAAAGAUUUGAAAUGUUCGUCGUACUCAUGGGAUGUUAUCUGUGAUGCUUCUGUGAUGUCUGUUUCUGAACAGCACAGACUGCAUCAAAUCUCCGCCUGA